AUGGACGAACCGCCCGCCAAACGAGCUCGGCUGAGCGACUCGCCUCGUACCGAUCGGACGGGGUCUCCUGGGGACAGGUUCGCCAUCUCUGGUCCUGCAACCUCGGGUCGACCCCGUCCUUCCGUCCUGGCUUCUCCUCGAACACAAUCAGAAGCAGAGGCGAGGAGGGGAUCGGUCUUUGCCGGAUCUACCUCGCCCACCCUGGCUCGUCUACCCACAUCAUCACGACAUCCGCAGGGCAAUCCUCCCGGUUAUCCCGUUGCAACUUCUUCACACGCACCCGGAUCUGCUAGUGGUUCUCGUGUGCCGCUUCCUUCUAUCGGUCAGAUGUCGACAGGGUGGACAUCUCAAGUGACAGGAUAUGACCCAGGUCCAGGACCUCCUGCUCGACUGCCCCCAGAGCAAGGGUUCGCAAGGACAGACAGCCUUGGCAUGAUCGUUGAGAGUCACGAAGGGAGCGAUGCGGGGACGGUCGGCAGUCGCGAUCCUGGUCGCGAACGGGCACCGCGCAGCAUGAUGGCUUGUGUACGGUGUCGCAAGCAAAAGAUGAAGUGUGACGGACCCGCCGCGGCGCCCUGUCGAGGUUGCAAGUCGGUCAACACCACUUGCAUCUUCGAGACCCGUACGCGAUCUUCCCGGCCGAAAUCCAUGUCCACGCUAGCACCCGCUCAACCGCUUCCCGCCGUCAUGUCCUCGGUCAUAGGUACACCGACGUCGACACUUGGACCCCCAAUGUACGGUCACAAGUCUACCAGAAGCCUGGAUCCGUAUGCGACCGCACCGCCACCACUGCUUGUGGGGACGGCGACGGGCGCGCCAGAAUCACCUCGGCUGCGACAACAGGCCGUGUUUCAGCCGCCACCGCCGGGACUAGGCAAGGCAGUAGCGGUCGGCGAGCGAAAUCCUGGUUUACCGUUCACACCAGGUCAACCUUCGAACCAGCCUGGACUGUUUGCGUCUUAUCAACCUCGAUCGGGCCACCGACCAUCGUUCUCGACCUCGACUUUGGACAUCUCGAGACCACCUCAAGUGACUGGGUAUGCCGUGCCUCCACAAGCUGGCGGCCAGGUGACUUCGCCCACGACACCUCGAGCCAUGACCGCCUUGCCACACAACCUGUACGCAUUUGAGACCCGCGUCCGACAGCUGGAAAAUACGGCGCGCAAUGUCGAGGUCUUGCAAACCAAUCAAGCGGCGCUCCAGAACACGGUUCAGUACCUCGAACUGCAAGUCCGACAACUCACCGGUCAGCUAGCCGAAUCGUCCGAGAUGGGUCUGAGCCGGAUGUUGAGGCGGGAAAAGGGCAAGCAGAGGGAAGUCUACGUGUCAGAACGGACAUGGGACGCGUACCGGUCGUACAUUUCGCCACUCAGCCCGUGGCUCGUCACCUUGACGCAGCCUACCGACCUGUCUGGAGAGGUAAUUUCCGCCCUGGGUAUUCGUCCUCGAGUAAGCCCGGGACCCAACGAAGCUCAGACGCAGACGAGGGAGAUGGCGAGGAUCGAACUGGCUAGGCUAGUAGCGACGGGUGAAGAUUGGAGUCGGGACGAUAUUCACGCGCUGGGCACGCUCGCGAUGUGGGAAGGGAAUUCCAGCCUGGCGAGUCUGGCGAUCGGGCAAGCGCGCAAGGUGACGGGGAAAAGGAAUGGGGAUCUCGGCAGGGAGAUGAUGCAGGCGAGGGAUACCGUCGAGAUGAUCCUUUUAGAACACAUGCUGUGGUCGAUAGAUUCCCCAUGUUUCGUACCGUCUUCCGUACGCUCGUCCGUAUCAACCACAUGGCGGGACAAGGUCAAGACGCACGUUCCAGCCUUCCCCGCCGAAAAGGACAACGACGUCAAGAUGCUGGCCUGGAUCGAGUACGCAGAGAUGCUUACGGACGUGCAAAACGUCCUAAUGGAUCCGAGUCGGAACAAGACGAGGGCAACGAGUUCGCCACGUCCCGAAAGUAUCGGGUCUGUGCGGAGUGAUCGAAGGGCUGCAGCCGAGAGGUUCAGAUUGGAGCGGUUAGAAAAGCGGAGAGAGUUCCUGGCCGGUUGGGACGGUUGGCAGAGUCGGUGGGGACAAGGUGGCGAUCCUAUCCUGGCACUGCAUUACCACAGUGCGAUCCUUAUUACGACAUCGCCGUUGCUCAUGCAAGAGAUCGAGCCCGUCUCCCUGAUUUCUCCCGGAAAGCCCGCUUCUGUUCAGUCUCCCUUGAUCAGGGAGCCCGGUGACCCCUCUGCACCUGCACCGGGAUCCACCGCUUCCGGUCGAGCGAUCGCAGGUCGACCUGGGUCUGGACCUUUUCCGCUGUGGGAAGAGCUCAGCGCCGAUCACGCCGGUCACGAGAUGCUGGUACGGGCUCGGGAUUCAGCUGUAGCGUUGAUCAGGAGCGUCUGUUCGCCCGAGAUUGCGCGGACGCUGCAUUACUCUUUGCCCAUCUUUCGAUCGCGAUUGGCUUUUGCCAUCUCGCACAUCUUGGCGCAUUCGGUCGCUCUACCACAUUCGACCCUGACGGCGCUCCCAUUGCAUCAGUCUACCUUGCGACUGGCUUACGAAAAGUUGGGCGGGAACAAUCUCAGCAACGGCGGACCUGCUACCGGGUGGACGGCGUUGGGAGAGAACAGCGCGCUCGUCGAGGUCGUACGGACGGGCGAUCUCACGCUGGGGUCUACCCGGAUGUUAUUCGCCGAGGUCGCAGAUGGGUCUAUUGAAGUCGGUCGGGAUCUCUGGGACAGGGUGUUGGGAAAGUAA